AAAUACGUAGAAGCAGUGAUGCAAAUACAUGCUUUGUUGUAGGUCGAAAAUUUUCAGUUACGGAAUGUAUUGACGUUUGAGAAGUCCAUGAGGAAUGUUGUACGAAGAACAUCCUAACGCAUUUAAUAAUAAACGCUUUUACUAUGUAUUAUCCUUGUAGAUUGCUGUCUUCCUUUUAUGCCCGUGGUUUGAAAUUUGAAAACAUAUAGCUAUGUAUAUAUAUGUAUCCGGGGAGUAACGCAUAAAAUCUUUUGAUGUAUUGAUUUUGUGAUAGAGCGAAAUGCUCAGGAGCGUCAAUACAUAAACGCUUACAAGCGUCUACAUAUACAAGAAAUGUUAAUCAUAAACGGUUAACGGAUUACUAUCAGAGAUGAUUUCUUGCAAAUUGGCGUAGUUGACGAACAAGUUGGAGUGAUGAGCUAACCGGACAGCACUUACGAUUCUUUCCGGCGAAAGUUUCACGUCUGAAACAAUGAAAUUGUAUCUUGUGGUUCCCAGUAGUUUUGUUUUAUUUACUCCGUACAGAUGCUCGUACUACUUGACAGUCUUGUGUAAUAUUAAGAACAUAGCAGUUGUAACAUCUGGAUGAGCAGCCGAAGGCGCAAUGUAGGGACCCGAAGUUUCCUCACAAUGGAAAGAAUAGAAGAUAUGUUGUUCUCAGCUAUCUCUAAGGGGGAUGUGCAUAAUGUUGGAUACCUUCUUUCAAAAGGUGCAAACAUGAAUGUAAUCUGUGGACAAGGACGAACAUCUCUGGGACUGGCUGCAGAGCUCGGUAAUACAGCAGUGCUCCAGAAACUACUAGAUUUCAGUAAUGCACCAGCUAUUUACAGCCGAGAGCGUGAUAAUAGAAAACGCCGUGCAAAGAAGUGGAAACGUGAUCCAGAAUUGGGUGGGACACCAGUAAAUCAGAAUCAUACAGCUGCUGCACAAACUAGCACCAGUAAUCAAGGUUAUUUUGUAAUGGUUCAUGGUGAUGAUCCAUCAUCAGCUUCUACUGCCUCAUCCUCAUCCUCAUCUGCAUUUCCUUCAGCAGAGGUUCGCACUCCUGAAGGCAUGGAUGCACUAGAAUGGGAUCCAGAGAUGUCAGCAACUACUCCAGGGCCUCCUGAUAAAGAUGAGGAACAUUGGAGUAGACUUUACAUGUGGUAUGCUGGUAUACUUGACAGAACUAGCACAAUGUAUGACAUACCACAUAGUUGUGAUGUAAAUCACCAGGAUUACUACAGUCGCUGUGCUCUGCACUAUGCUGCAGAGCAAGGUCAUGAAGAUGCUGUUUUACUACUUACUGCUGCUGGAUGUCGUGUUGAUAUUGGAGACAAAGAGAACCGCACUCCUUUACAUCUGGCAGCUUCCCGUGGGCACAGUGCUGUAGCAGUCCACCUGCUUGACUCAGGGGCAGAAGUUAAUCGCAAAACUAGUGACAGGACAUCAGCAUUGCACAUUGCAGCUUCAAGAGGCUUUACGAACUUUGUACGUGUUUUACUGGAGCAUGGAGCAAAUGUUGAUGCACUUGAUGCAUCAGAUCGCACACCACUUAUGUUAGCAGUGUUACGUCGCCGUGAUCAAGUUGUGCGUGUCCUAGUUGAACAUGGUUCUAAAGUCAACAUUGAAGAAAUUCAUGGUUAUACUCCUCUUUGUGAAGCAGUUUGGCAAAAGAGUGUACCUAUGGUGAAAAUUCUUCUGGAUGCUGGUGCAAAAGUGACGCAGUCUCACUACCUGUUGCAUUACGCCAUAAUGCAUCGCCAGGUAGACAUGGCACGUCUGUUGUUACAAGCUGGAUGUAUUGUCAAUUUGCGUGAUGACAAUGGUGACACACCACUCAUUGCUGCUGCUCGUACUGGAAAUUGUGAAAUUACAGAGUUGCUUUUAAAAAAUGGUGCAAAUGUCAACUAUUCAAAUGGUCUAACAGGAAGCGGACCACUACAUGAAUCAGUUGAAUAUACUCGUGACUCUGAUUUUCAGACAUUUGUUGAAAUGGUCAAAGUCCUCCGAUCACAUGGUGCUAUUUUAAAUGCACACUCUUUAACUGGUGGUGACACUCCUCUUUUCAGAGCCAUUCUUUUGCAAAAAUAUAAAGCCGCUGCUCUCCUGAUAAGACUUGGGUCUGAUGUCAACAUGUGUGAUGUUAAUAUAUGUGGUGUAGAUCUUGUUACUUUAGCUAGAAAAAGAAAUCACUUUGGGCUAAUUCGUAUGUUGAUUUAUGCGGGUUUUAAUCUGCAUCAGAAUUUUCCUGAAAUUGAACCUCCAAAUAACCCUGAUGCAUUGGACCUAGAUUCUAUUGAUGGUUGGAUGAAAUACAUGAAAUAUAAUCCAAUGCGUCUCACAGAUCUCUGCCGAAUAGCUUUAAGGAAACAAAUGGGAGAAAGAGUUUCUGAGGUUGUGUCAAAGUCAUUUUUGCCACAAAUAUUGAAGAGUUACAUGAUGUUAGAAGAUGUAUUGACAUAACUGUUGUUAAGUGAGUGAUCUGUUAUUGGUCUAUGUACCUGGAGUAUAAUAAAAUCACCAUUAACUGUAAUAAAAAUAUUUAAUUUUGA